UUUCCUUAACUCUAGCAUCAGAUACUGAUUAUGGUGUAGAAAAGUCCUUACUAAUUAUUCCAUUUUUACUAUGGGGUGCCUUGAAUAUUGGACCAACUCUAAUCGCUGCUUUUCUUGGGUCAUAUAUAGAGCCUGUGUCAACGGGCAGUGGCAUUCCUCAAGUGAAGUGUUACCUGAAUGGUGUGAAGGUGCCACGAGUUGUAAGAAUUAAGACCUUACUGAGCAAAGUUGUCGGAGUCACCAUGUCUGUCCUUGGUGGACUGGCUGUUGGCAAGGAGGGUCCCAUGAUUCAUUCUGGAGCUGUAAUAGCAGCCGGUGUAUCUCAGGGGAAAACGACUUCUUUCAAACAUGACUUUGGAGUUUUUGAAUACUUUAGGGAGGACCAUGAAAAGCGAGAUUUUGUAUCUGCCGGUGCAGCCGCUGGUGUUGCUGCUGCUUUUGGUGCUCCAGUCGGUGGUGUGUUGUUCUCCUUGGAAGAGGGAGCCAGCUUCUGGAACCAGGGACUAACUUGGAGGGUAUUCUUUUGUGCCAUGAUGUCUACUUUUACCUUAAAUUUAGUUCUUUCAACCUACAAUGGAGUUCCAGGUAUGCUUGCUUACAAUGGUCUCCUGAACUUUGGGAAGUUUGAUGAUCUGACCUAUGAAAUUUGGGAAUUUAUUCCCUUUCUGCUGAUGGGAGUCAUGGGAGGCCUGCUGGGAGCCUUGUACAAUCAUAUCAAUCUAAAGUUGACUGCUUUCAGGAUGAGAUACGUUAAUAAGCCAUGGCAGAAAAUAAUAGAAGCAGCUAUAGUUGCUUUUGUUACAGCUGCAGCUGCUUUCCUUAUGAUAUAUUUAAUUCAUGAUUGCCGUAUUAUUGAUCCUGAUACUGCCAAAUAUCCUAUUCAGAUGUUUUGUGGUUAUGGUGAAGAAAAUGCAGCUGCAUCAAUAUGGUUUCAAACUCCUGAGAAAAGUGUGAGAUCUUUGUUUCAUGAUCCCCCAGACUCAUAUCAAUGGUCAACCAUAGGUGUGUUCUUUGUGUGUUACUUCUUCUUGGCAUGUUGGACGUAUGGCCUGGGAAUUCCUUCUGGAGUUUUUAUCCCAACUCUGCUGUGUGGAGCAGCUUGGGGUCGGCUUGUUGGAAAGCUCAUGUCACUCUUCUUUCCUGAUCAGCAAUGGCCAGAUGAAGGUAAAUACGCGCUGGUUGGAGCUGGAGCCAUGCUUGGCGGUGUUGUACGGAUGACUCUAAGUUUGACUGUAAUCCUAAUGGAGUGUGUGGGUAACAUAACAUUUGGCUUACCUCUGAUGAUUGUUCUUAUGGUAGCUAAAUGGGUUGGAGAUUUCUUUACAGAGGGUCUAUAUGACAUCCAUAUUCAAAUGCAGGGUGUCCCUAUUAUGGCUUGGAAUGCUCCUCCUCUGUCAAACAAUAUCUAUGCAACUGAGGUAAUGAACCGACCAGUUGCUACUUUAAGGAGUGUUGAGACUGUUCAGAAUAUUGUAAGCAUUCUCAAGAAACAUCAUUAUAAUGGCUUCCCAGUUGUAGACUGUGUUCCAACUGAAGCAGAUACACGUUACUUCAGGUCAUUUGGCACCUUGAGAGGUCUCAUACUGCGUUCUCAGCUCUUAGUGCUUUUAAAACACAAGGUUUUCAACGAAAAUGCUGAAGUGUGGCAGAAUAGCAAAGUAGAUAUCAGUCUCUUCCGUCUGUCUUAUCCACGGUACUUCACUCUGGAUGAAGUUGAGUUGAAUUCUGAGGAUUUGAACUGCACAGUUGAUGUUAGACCAUUUUACAACCCCUCACCCUACUCAAUAGUUACCUGCACUCCCCUGCCAAGAAUGUUCAAUCUUUUCAGGGCUCUUGGUUUAAGACAUCUUGUUGUAGUUGAUGACAAUAAUGGAGUUGUUGGUAUUGUGACUCGUAAAGAUCUUGUAAAGUACAGAAUUUGGAAACAUAGAGGGCAGAUGGGUUUAGAAGAGCUAGUCAUUUAUAACAGUGUUUCUUAAAUAAUAAUAAUAUAUUACAGAUUCAUCAGAGUUAUUUUCCUGGAAAAAAUAAAUGUUUUUUUAAGGUUGUGAGAUUACAUCAAAGAAUAUGUACAGUACAUUAAUUUACAACUUACCAGUUAUGUUGAUUUCAUUUUUAUUAAAAAAACACUUUCACCACUAAUAUUGAUAAAUAAAUUUUAAUUUACUUCCUUGCAUUUUGUUGAAUAUUUUUCUAAAUAUUAUAUUUAUUCUAAAUUAAAAUUAAUAAUUGUUACCACUCAGUGGUCUGAUUUGACUUCUGGAUUUCUGCCCUUCAUUAUUUCACUCACACUUUACUAACAGUCCAGAACAGAACAAAAUAUCAGAUUUUCAUUUACAAUUUGGAUGUUAUUUUUUAAUUGUUAGUGCCAUAAUGUUUUGACGCUUCAUUUUUUAAAUUAAUGCAUGAAAUCUUUAAAAAAUUAAACGUACUAUAUAAUGAACAUAAGGUUGUGGAUGUUUUACCUUUAUUGGAAUUACUGAGCUCAGUUAUUAAAUUGUUCAUCUUGUGUGAUUACCUGUAAGAGUAAAUAAUAUCCAAGUCAUCUGAUUAGCUUUAAUAUAGGUAUAGCUGAAGAGCUGAGCCUAAAAUUAUCCUCAUUUAUCUAGAUUUGCUACAAUCAGUAUUUUAACAGUAAAACAUAGUGUAUCUUUUAAUGAAUGGGGGCUGCAAAUAUCUUGAAUAAGUAAGAAAGUGGGGUACUUCAGCAGUGAAAUUAUGUUUCAGUUUGGUAGAUUGAUGCUAGUAAAGAUUUACAAACUUUAGAGAUCAUACAUGUAUUAAAAUUUUACACAAAUAACCUGCACAUAGGAGAAACAAACUUAUGAUAAUGUUUCAGUCUGACUUAGAUCAUCAUCUGGUCACAUUAACUGGUUUAUGGUCCAGGUCAGACCAAAACAUUGUCAUAAGUUUCUUUUUCCUAUGUGCAGGUUAUUUGUGUACUGUUCCAGUUAUGGUAUUGUGCUUUUUUACUAUUCUUUUUGUAUUAAAAUUUACUGGUAUUGCACCUCCUAAUAUAUACAAACUCUUGUUUUCUGUAGUAAUGCCCUCUCAUACAAGCUUCCAGGCAGCCCUAUUUAAAUACUCUAGUAUAUAAUGUUACCUGCUCUUUAUCGUUUAUGCUUUCAAAAAGCAGGCUGGAAAAUUGUUUCAGGAAUUUUAAAAAAAAGUUCUGCAUGGGAAAAUUACAUUUAACCCUUUCAGGGUCAAGAGACCCUCUCCUAAACUUGUUCUCAGGGUCAAAAAUUUUUUGGAAAAAAAAAAUUCUUAUGAAAAGAUAGAGAAUCAUUUCCCGAUCAUAAUGACACCAAAAGUAUGAAAUUUGAUGGAAAACUUACGGAAUUAUGCUCUCGCGAAGUCAGCAGUCUCAACGGUGUUUACGCAUUGGCAAUUUCGCCCACUUUCAGCCCUAUUUUCAGUCAAUUCCAGUGUACUAGUCAACAAAAAUUAUAACUAUUUCGCUGAACUCCAUUUUUUUCUAUCGAAUGAGUACAAGAAAUCACCUAUUUACCGAUUUCAACUAUCCAAUAAAAUAGUCAGAAAUUAGCAAUUUUGCCAAUUUCACACAAAUUUCAAAAGAUGCCAAUUUCCAAAUAGGGUCCAGAAUAAACAAGACAGACAUUCCUGGCACUAAAAUAACACUUCCUCUGUUCAUUAAUCACGUCUCCAGGCCCCUCUUACAUUUCUUUUGCUUUCUACAUUGAAUUUUUAUUCUCUCAAAAAAUAGAAGAUUUACUGUUAUGCAGGCUACUGCAUUAGUGUAGAAAUGGUAUAAAUAAUAUCAGCGCACUUGUGAAAGAAUAUUAGACUCGCCAGUUGACGUGUAUUGGACACAUGGCAUGAUUUGUUUACUUUUGAACUUUGGCAAAAAUCGAACAUUUCUGCUACUUUGAGCUCAAUUUCAAGGUACUUUUCAUUGUGAAACCAAUCAAAAUCAUCUCAAUUUCUGUAAUAUGUCUUCCAUUCUAUAAAGUGAGGCCAGGAAAACUAGAAUACAACAAUAAAUACCACAUGCAAAUACAGUGCAAAAUCGGUUAUAAACCAAAAACACGGUCAGUUUUUUUUUCUCGUUACGCACUGUGCGCUGCAGGAUUUUUUUUAUACUGUGCACACUGACCACAUAGACCCAUUCUUUCAUAUGUAAGCCUACCAGCUUUCUCUCGCUAGAUUUGAAGGUGCUAGAAUUUACGCAUACUAGUACAUCAAUAACCCUGGUGCGUAAGCCGUACUAGUACGUCGGAAACCCCGAAAGGGUUAAAAUUCAAAAACAAGAGAAAAGAUAUUUCUCUCACAAGGAGUUAAUAUUUUUGAUAAUGAGCAGAUUGUUGCUGAGUGAGGCAAGUGCAAGAACAACUAACAUGAAGGAGGAAUACAGAAGGAGUUACUGAGUGAGAAGUACAGGAGCAGCAAACAUAGAUGAGUAGAGAGGGGUUAGAUAGGGAAGACAAGUAAAAUGUAAGUGACAAAUAAUUGCUGGUUUUAAAUCUCGUAAGUUUAUAAUCAUUACUAGUAAUAAUUUCACAUCACUUGAAUAUUAUGUUUCGGCGGGAGACAGAGAGAGAGAGAUUUUGGGAAAUGUUGAGUGAAUACAUGGGGAGUUUUGAACCAAGUGUGAGAGUACUUGUGGUUGGGGAUUUCAAUGCUAAAGUGGGUAAAAAUGUUGUGGAUGGAGUAGUAGGUAAAUUUGGGGUGCCAGGGGUAAAUGUAAAUGGGGAGCCAUUAAUUGAGCUAUGUGUAGAAAGAGAUUUGGUAAGAAGUAAUACAUAUUUUAUGAAAAAGAGGAUAAAUAAAUAUACAAGGUAUGAUGUAGCACGUAAUGAAAGUAGUUUGUUAGAUUAUGUUUUGGUGGAUAAAAGGUUAAUGGGUAGGCUCCAGGAUGUACACCUUUAUAGAGGGGCAACUGAUAUAUCGGAUCAUUAUUUAGUUGUAGCUACAGUUAGAGUAAGAGGUAGAUGGGACAAGAAGAAGGUGGCAACAACAAGUAGGAGGGAAGUGAAAGUGGAUAAACUAAGGGAGGAGGAAGUUCGGGUGAGAUAUAAGCGACUAUUGGUAGAAAGGUGGGCUAGUGCAAAGAUGAGUAGUGGGGGGGGGGGGGUUGAAGAGGGUUGGAUGAGUUUUAAAAAUGCUGUAUUAGAAUGUGGGGCAGAAGUUUGUGGUUAUAGGAGGGUGGGGGCAGGAGGAAAGAGGAGUGAUUGGUGGAAUGAUGAAGUAAAGGGUGUGAUAAAAGAGAAAAAGUUAGCUUAUGAGAGGUUUUUACAAAGCAGAAGUGUUAUAAGAAGAGCAGAGUAUAUGGAGAGUAAAAGAAAGGUGAAAAGAGUGGUGAGAGAAUGCAAAAGGAGAGCAGAUGAUAGAGUGGGAGAGGCACUGUCAAGAAAUUUUAAUGAAAAUAAGAAAAAAUUUUGGAGUGAUUUAAACAAGUUAAGAAAGCCUAGGGAACGUAUGGAUUUGUCAGUUAAAAACAGAGUAGGGGAGUUAGUAGAUGGGGAGAGGGAGGUAUUAGGUAGACGGUGAGAAUAUUUUGAGGAACUUUUAAAUGUUGAGGAAGAAAGGGAGGUGGUAAUUUCAUGCACUGGCCAGGGAGGUAUACCAUCUUUUAGGAGUGAAGAAGAGCAGAAUGUAAGUGUGGGGGAGGUACGUGAGGCAUUACGUAGAAUGAAAGGAGGUAAAGCAGCUGGAACUGAUGGGAUCAUGACAGAAAUGUUAAAAGCAGGGGGGGAUAUAGUGUUGGAGUGGUUGGUACUUUUGUUUAAUAAAUGUAUGAAACAGGGGAAGGUACCUAGGGAUUGGCGGAGAGCAUGUAUAGUCCCUUUAUAUGAAGGGAAGGGGGUCAAAAGAGAUUGUAAAAUCUAUAGAAGAAUAAGUUUAUUGAGUAUACCAGGAAAAGUGUACGGUAGGGUUAUUAUUGAAAGAAUUAGAGGUAAGACAGAAUGUAGGAUUGCGGAUGAGCAAGGAGGUUUCAGAGUGGGUAGGGGAUGUGUAGAUCAAGUGUUUACAUUGAAGCAUAUAUGUGAACAGUAUUUAGAUAAAGGUAGGGAAGUUUUUAUUGCAUUUAUGGAUUUAGAAAAGGCAUAUGAUAGAGCGGAUAGAGGAGCAAUGUGGCAGAUGUUGCAAGUAUAUGGAAUAGGUCGUAAGUUACUAAAUGCUGUAAAGAGCUUUUAUGAGGAUAGUGAGGCUCAGGUUAGGGUGUGUAGAAGAGAGGGAGACUACUUCCCGGUAAAAGUAGGUCUUAGACAGGGAUGUGUAAUGUCACCAUGGUUGUUUAAUAUAUUUAUAGAUGGGGUUGUAAAAGAAGUAAAUGCUAGGGUGUUCGGGAGAGGGGUGGGAUUAAAUUAUGGGGAAUCAAAUACAAAAUGGUAAUUGACACAGUUACUUUUUGCUGAUGAUACUGUGCUUAUGGGAGAUUCUAAAGAAAAAUUGCAAAGGUUAGUGGAUGAGUUUGGGAGUGUGUAUAAAGGUAGAAAGUUGAAAGUGAACAUAGGAAAGAGUAAGGUAAUGAGGGUAUCAAAUGAUAUAGAUAAAGAAAAAUUGGAUAUCAAAUUGGGGAGGAGGAGUAUGGAAGAAAUGAAUGUUUUCAGAUACUUGGGAGUUGACGUGUCGGCGGAUGGGUCUAUGAAAGAUAGAGGUGAAUCAUAGAAUUGAUGAGGGGAAAAGGGUGAGCGGUGCACUUAGGAGUCUGUGGAGACAAAGAACUUUGUCCUUGGAGGCAAAGAGAGGAAUGUAUGAGAGUAUAGUUUUACCAACGCUCUUAUAUGGGUGUGAAGCAUGGGUGAUGAAUGUUGCAGCGAGGAGAAGGCUGGAGGCAGUGGAGAUGUCAUGUCUGAGGGCAAUGUGUGGUGUGAAUAUAAUGCAGAGAAUUCGUAGUUUGGAAGUUAGGAGGAGGUGCAGGAUUACCAAAACUGUUGUCCAGAGGGCUGAGGAAGGGUUGUUGAGGUGGUUCGGACAUGUAGAGAGAAUGGAGCGAAACAGAAUGACUUCAAGAGUGUAUCAGUCUGUAGUGGAAGGAAGGCGGGGUAGGGGUCGGCCUAGGAAAGGUUGGAGGGAGGGGGUAAAGGAGAUUUUGUGUGCGAGGGGCUUGGACUUCCAGCAGGCAUGCGUGAGCGUGUUUGAUAGGAAUGAAUGGAAACAAAUGGUUUUUAAUACUUGACAUGCUGUCAAAGUAACAUUUAUUAAGGGAUUCAGGGAAACCGGCAGGCCGGACUUGAGUCCUGGAGAUGGGAAGUACAGUGCCUGCACUCUGAAGGAGGGGUGUUAAUGUUGCAGUUUAAAAACUGUAGUGUAAAGCACCCUUCUGGCAAGACAGUGAU